GCAACCUAAGAGUACUUCCGGGUCAAGGAUAAAUUCUGCAUGUCACCGCUACAAAGAGUUUUUUAUUUUUUAUUUUUAUUAAACAGAUAAAUAAAAAGAUUUUAAUUAAAGAUGUCGCGGGGUUCGAGCGCCGGGUUUGAUCGUCAUAUUACUAUUUUCUCGCCAGAGGGAAGGCUUUAUCAAGUGGAAUAUGCAUUUAAGGCCAUUAAUCAGGGCGGUCUGACGUCAGUGGCUGUGCGAGGGAAAGACUGUGCUGUCGUCGUCACACAGAAAAAAGUUCCAGACAAGCUCCUGGACGCCUCUACGGUCACUCACCUGUUCCGCAUCACAGACAACAUUGGCUGUGUGAUGUCCGGCAUGACGGCUGACAGCAGGUCUCAGGUGCAGAGGGCUCGGUAUGAAGCAGCGAACUGGAUGUACAAAUACGGCUAUGAGAUUCCAGUGGACAUGCUGUGUAAGAGGAUCGCCGACAUUUCUCAAGUUUACACACAGAACGCUGAGAUGAGACCGCUCGGCUGCUGUAUGAUAGUGAUAGGUAUGGAUGAAGAGUUGGGGCCGCAGGUGUAUAAAUGCGACCCUGCAGGUUAUUACUGCGGCUUUAAGGCCACAGCCGCCGGAGUCAAACAGACGGAAGCCAUCAGUUUCCUGGAGAAGAAAGCGAAGAAGAAACACGACUGGACCUUCGAGCAGACCAUGGAGACGGCGAUCAGCUGCUUGUCCACAGUUCUAUCCAUCGAUUUCAAGCCGUCUGAGAUGGAGGUGGGCGUGAUAACAGCAGAGGAGCCCAGGUUCAGGAUUCUCUCUGAGGCAGAGGUGGACGCUCACCUGGUGUGUCUGUCUGAGCGAGACUGAGCUCAGAGAACCACGGCAUCAUGGGAAACAUGUAGCACGCUGAAGAGAUGAACACCUGUAAAUUUCUCUGUAACAUUAAAGCUGUUUUUGGAGAAAAGUA